AUGACUCUUGACUGCAGCUCCAGCUCCAGCUCCACUUGCUCGGCAUCUUCUACAUCUAGCAGUAGUAAUCGUAGUAGCAGCACCGGCAGACCAACGAGAAAGAGAGCGUUGCGAGGUUCAGGUUUCAUUGUUGCUUCCGCUGCUGUGGCACUAUCCAAUUCGUAUGCGGGAGCAUUUCAGAGUAACUCAGCCUUCCUUCCUCGGCGUGUAAUGCGGAGUCUUGAUACCAGCCUUAGGGUCGUGACUGAUCCAACACAGCUGAUGUCUACCGAUAUGUCAUCGGAUGAACGAAGUGCCCUAGAAGAUAUUUAUCUAUUAUCCAUUGAACCAGCCAUGUCGCCGCCUGCGAACGCUGUUGAUAACGAGGUGAUUCCGCCCAACAACAAACGCGCAACCAACAAUUCCAAGGGACGAAAAGGGAGAAUUGUCAAGGUACCAAAGGGAAGCCUUUCCGUGAAAAACGUGAGGAAGGAAGGAUCAACCGUGGGAGCAUUGAGCAAGACAUCAAGGCCAAGGAAAAAGGCCACCAAGAGCAAGUCCUCCACCAUGCCCGGCUUUCAAGGUGGUGCAAACACUGAAAACCAACGGGCAUUCAAACGCAGUGUGAGACUCCAGGAGGAACGGACUGGGAGAAAAUACACUGAGAGCUCGGAAGUGAAGAAUAAACGCCGUGCCGAUCACGGUCUCAAGAUGUACCAAUCCAGCGCAGCUGUUCCCGAUAGUAUGCUGCAAUUCGCAGGUGAAAUUCACAAGAUUGACCGAAUCACUCCCAAAGAAGAAAUCAUGCUUGGAGAAUUGACACAAGAGGCCAUCCGUCUACAAAGAAUAUAUGAUGGACUGGAGGAACAGCUAGCCAGAGAACCAACCGACGAUGAAUGGUGUGCUGCUGCAGGCAAAAUCAAUAUGGAAGCCAUUUCCCAGGCAAUUGAAGAAGGCUUGGAAGCAAAGAACAGGCUUGUUUCAUCCAAUCUACGAAUGGUGCAGGGUGUCGUUAACGUGUACAUUCGCAAUGGCCUUCGCGGACAAUACAAUGCGGGAGAUCUCAUGCAAGAGGGCAUCAUGGCUUUGAUUCGGGCAGCAGAGAAGUACGAUCCAACUCGAGGAUUUCGGUUUUCAACCUAUGCCAUGUAUUGGAUUCGUUCCGCAGUGAAGCGAAGUCAAAUUUAUCAAUCUCGAGUCAUUCCUGUUCCUCAGCGACUAUAUGAAAACCACAAACGACUUUUGCGUUUGCAAAAGGAAAUGUUCACGGAGCUUGGCCGUCCUCCCACGAAGAAGGAGCUAGGAGAUGCGAUGGGUAUGUCGGAGAUGCAGGUGGAUCGGUGCUGUGCGGCCAUGGCCCAGCAAUGCUAUUCACUAGACAGUCCUUUGACGAAUCCCAAUAAACCAACGGAAGCCAAGAGUGAAAAGGAUACUUUGGUUGGAUUGAUUUCCUGCAACACUAAUGACAGUGACUACAACAAAUUGAAACACAUGUUCAUGCGUGAGGAUUUGCUCGAAACUCUAAAUCGUCACCUUUCUGAGGAACAAGUCCGAUUGCUAAUGCUCCGUUAUGGACUGGAGGAAUCAAUUCGCCUGAGUAAGAAGAGUGGAACCCUGACAAUUGCCGAAAUUAGCAAAGAAAUGGGAAUGAAACCAGACAAGGUUCGACGAAUCAUCAAUAAGAGCCUAAAACAGUUGAGGACCUGCAUCGGUGAUGAGUGGAGAGAUUUUGAACGCGAAUAUGAAGCAUAG